AUGCAAAUAGCAAUGGAAGACAUAAGUAAGGAAUUAAAUAUAAACAGCAGAAAUAUAUUUACCACAGCCUCAUCAAACUUAUUUGCCGUCGUUGUCCAUAACACUUGGUUAAGAAAGUGGUUAAAGAAUGUAGAAAUAGAUGCUUGUGUAAAUAAUUUAGAUUUUACAUUGCAACCUGGUGAAAGUGUUCCUUAUCCAUGGAAAAAAAUAUUUAUUAAGGUAUUAAAAAAACGACCUUCUAAAGUGUUACCGUUACCGAGGUAUAAGUUAAAUGAGAACAUUGUUGAAACACCACUAACCUUCGCCCAGCUGCUCCAGUAUGUAUCACAAAGUAACCAGAGGAAUUUAUGGAAGGAGUCUUAUAAGAAAUAUUGUCAAAAUAAUGACACAAUAAAAGAGAGUACUAUAGUCAACCUGCUUGAGCAUGACCAGUUAUUAUCAGAAAUAAUACUUAGAUUGUAUGGCUGUAAUAUAAUAAAAUUAAAAUCAGAUACACCAUAUAAAAUUAAUGACUACAAAGAUAUGGGUAAUAAACAUGCUACCAAAACUUAUGAGACACAUGUAAAUCUAUUAGCAGCAAUUUUCACUUUAGAAACUGACAAUAAUUAUUUUAUUGUAUACAGAUGUAAUUACGAGAACAAUCUAUUAGACUGUCUAAAUUUUAGUCCAAAUUUAAUUGAUAAGACAUAUUCAAGGGGCUUGUUUAUUGUGUACCAAUUAUUGAAUGUGUCCAAAGCAUUAUGUGAUAGAGGCCUUAGCUUAGGUAAAUUGACACUACAUGAUAUUUAUUUGUCUGAAGACCUGUGGCUGCAAAUAAUACCGCCUAUGACAAAUAACAUCCAUUGCUUGGAUUCUGCAUUGAUUUGUGAACAGAGCAGGUAUAAACAGACACAACAAAAUAAUGUUGUUAGCCAGAGUAGUCAAAAACAAGGCGAGGAAUGGUGUUGGCGUAGUAACGCCGUACAAUUAGAAAAACUCUGUAUGUUGUGGGUGAGAGGCAGAAUAUCAAACUUGGACUAUUUGUUGCAUUUAAAUGUCUUGGCCGGGCGAUCGGCCAGUGAUCCGCAAGCACAUUUUAUGGUGCCCUGGGUAACUGAUUUUACUUAUAGAUGUGGUCGCAACUGGCGUGAUCUGAGUAAGUCCAAGUACCGUCUGAACAAAGGCGACCGUCAGUUAGAUAUGACAUAUGAUGUGACUGGCUGCGAUGGACAAAUCCCACACCAUGUUACUGAUGCACUCUCUGAUAUCACCUGUUAUGUGUAUUUAGCUCGGAGGACUCCAAAAGACAUAUUGUGUAAGUAUGUUCGUAACAAAUGGGUCCCAGCUGAGUACCCAGCAUCUAUACAAAGGAUGCAGGAGUGGACACCGGAUGAAUGUAUACCAGAGUUCUACACAGAUCCUACAGUCUUUAAGAGUAUACAUGAAGAUCUGCCGGAUCUAAGUAUACCAUCGUGGGCUACUUGUGUAGAAGAUUUCAUAACGAAGCACAGAGAGGCGUUGGAGAGUGCUCAUGUAUCAGAUAACCUUCAUCAUUGGAUCGACAUCACAUUUGGUUACAAAUUAUCCGGCUCCUCAGCAGUGAAGGCCAAAAACGUGUGCCUCUCGCUGGUGGACGGUCACUGCCGCACUCGUCGCGGCGGCACGGUGCAGCUGCUGUGCGCCCCCCACCCUCCGCGCCGACCGCGCGCACCCCCUCCCUUGCCCCUUAGGAUGAGGUGGACCACGCCGCGGGACCCACGAAAAUCCGUCCACGAUAGUUCAGAUGAAGUUUCUGAUGAGGAGGACGAGUCGAGCAGUCUACCUCAGCAUGUUUCCCGUUUAACAGUCCCAUCUCAAAGACCCCGCAGGCAGAAAAGCAGCAGUCGAGGACGAUCUUUAGGGAAGGGACAAGAAGAAGAUAGUCACAACGAAGGUAGAGCACCUUCCAGUUCGAGACAUUAUAGAGUGCAGCGCUCCGAACUCGGCAAAGGAGUUAUAUACUUACCAAAGGAGUUUAACCCUGCAGCAUCUAUACAGGCUCUAGAGGCUUUAGACAAUUUCCGCUUAAGAUGUUUCUUCAGUAUCGCAGAGAGUUGCGAAAAGGAAAAAGAUAAUAUUACAUUAAAUUUAUGUGCAGUACAGCAAGAGUCUAAAACGAACUCCACAACCAAUAAUAAAGAUGGCUCAGAGGACACUGCCUUCACGAAUCAUAUGUUUCAAGCUUCUUACGAUCAGGUUUAUUUGAAGAAAUUCAGUCAAAAUAACUUAGAAAAUGUUCUCAAAGAGCGGAAGAAUAGAAUGUUCAAUGCUCGCUAUACAACGGAUGCUGCGAUUUACAAGCAAUUUAUAACUGAAUGUAGGAAACAGGAUAUGUUAGUGAUCGGGUGCCUUAUAGUUGAGAUUUUCCUUCACACUCUCAUGCGUCCAUUAAGAUUAAGUAAUGACAACUUUGUUGAGAGGUAUAAUAGCUGUCGCACUAUUCUCAAGUAUAAUUUUAAUGCUAUGCCUAAAUGCGUUAGUUAUAUUGCGUCCAUUCUACUGAACGUAGAACCUCCAUAUUUAAGUUUCAAAAGUGAAUUAAGUGUUAAACGAGAAGACUUUGUUAAAAAAGUCGUAACCGACAAAGGUUUGCCACCAGCAACAGCAUCACAAUUACUCCAGCCUUUAUUAAUGCAGAACUUGAUACCUUUCCCACAAAGUUUUAGUAUUCUAUACAGUCUUCUGAGCACGUUACAUGAAUACGAACUGACGAGCAACGAGUUGGACAUAUUGUAUACUUAUGAAUGCGAUGGUACAGAAUGUGAGAAAUAUCAGAAUGUUGAUAAAACAAAACUAUACUUCACACAGAAAACAGCUGAAGGAAAAAUCCAGGCUUGUAUCACACAUCUCGGACUACUGCUCAACCAAGUCACUUACGAUAAUCAGUUUAACGUUCUCGAUAUAUUUCUUCAGCACUACAUACAGCUGUUAGAAAACAAGGACACCUCAGUGUUAGCUGCUUGGCAUUUAUUUGACAUGGUCAGCAAGGCUCUAGGUCCGGAAGAGACGAAAAAUAAACUAUUGAAACAUAUUCUUAAUCUAUACGAGGACGACGACUAUGCUUAUGAAAGGUCCGAACACAAAAUGACUGACGUUGAUGCUAUAACGAAUGCACGGUUUGUCAGUAAGCAGAAGUAUGUGAAGCUGUAUCAUCAUAUAUUUCUGCUGCAAUUGAUGGUCAGACUUGGUUUGCAAUGUUUCUUGGACACUUUCACUCAGCACUUAGUCGAAGCUGUUGGUGGAUAUAAGGACAUGUCUCCCGAAAGCGGUUCGCCGGGACACGUUUGUUUAAAUCGUGUUGUUAUGAACAAAAAGCCUCGUUACUCUGAUGAUAAUCUCAAAAACGCUUUAACCUCCACGAGCGAUAUUUUCUCACCCGACACGUCAUAUGGUUCAGAAAACGUCGCUACGCCAAGUGUAGAGAAAAGUAUAUUAGAAGUAAAUGACGUCAUGAAAGAAAAAGACCAGGACAGUAGAAGCGAGAACGAAUUGUUUCAUUUCGAAUCUGAUAAAGAUAGAAAUCCUAGUAUCAGUAGUAGAAGCAAAUCCCCGACCGGUUCUAUGGAUUCAAACACUGUCGUCAAGGACACAAAUGCGUCACAAACGCCGUCACCUUCCGCCGACAUUACUUCCCCAGGCAAUUCCAGAUUUUUCACGACUAUAUCAUCACCGAAUCCUAAAGACACAAUCAUAAUAACAAAAGACGAUAGCCAGAACGUAUUAAAUAAAAAAUUGCCAACGUCCCCUACUAUAGAUAUACCAAAACCAAUGUUCACAAGCUACUUGCAUUUCGCCGACGAUAUAUCGAAAUCAGAAGGGGGUGAUAAUAAAACUGAGUAUAACGUCCGUCAAAUAAAGAGUCUAGAACUAACUCGCAAUAAUGUAGGGAAGAAUUACAGUACGUUUGAGAUUAGCGAAGAAGAUAAUGAUUUCGGUAAAGACAGAGAUAAUAAAAUAUCCGAUAUGAGUUCAGAGAGUCUCAUCUGGCUGGCGCAUAGACUAGGCCCGGUCCUAACAUGUAGAUACAUAACAAGGAACUUGCUCAAAAUGCUCACUUUAUGUUACAUCGGCAAAGAAAACCUCGCGUCGUGGGACAGCGAUGAUAAAGACGAAUUCGAUAAAAUGUCUAUUGUCAACAGCAAAGUGGUCGGUGACAAGAAUGCUAUAAAGGUCAUAAAAUGUCUCACCACCAUAGUUGCGAUGUACGGCGAGCAGUUGAUAAUAUUUCAAUAUUUACCCCAUAUGGGUGAAUUGAUUGCAUCUUGUAGGAGACGUUUGUCAACGCCGCUAGAGGGAGGUGUUGUCGCGUGCUUACAACUGAUCAAAUAUUUAAUGCCUUUUAUAUCUGACGUUAAGGUUAUGGAACAAUUACAGGAUACAUUUCUGAAGUCAAUCCUUCAACCUGCGUUAAGACUAGCGUCAACCACGCGUUGUUCGUAUCCAAGCGGCGCCGCUGCACGAUGCGCUCUCACUAGGAAGCUAUUAGACGCUAUGUACGUAGUCGCGGUGAGGAUUGGACCGGAAAUGACCAGGAAACAUCUAUGUGUACCAGCCUUACAGAGAUUUUUCCUAGCCUUCGAUAAAGCUUCCGGCAAAACCGACAACUGGCCAAAGCAGGACGAAAGUAGUAUAGAUAAGUCCUCAGAACAAGAUUCGUGUGAUCCAAAGUUGGAGGGUUUCUUGGAGAUAUGUCGUGACGGCAGUACAGCGGAGUGGACAGUGAGGGAUGGUCGCGUAGUGAGAGCGGAUCUACCAGAACUGGCUUGUACUCCACCAUCCUUACCUGAUAGACAAGACGCCACCGCGCUAACAGCUCAAGAAGAACUUCUAAUGGUCUUCGAUGAGGAGUUCGCAUAUCAUUCGUACAACACUUUUUCUAAGUUAAUCGGAAAUGAGACGUUGGAAAGGUGUCUCAAGAACAGUGAAACUAUUCGUGCCCUGUGCUCUAAGUACAGACAAAAUCAUUACAUUAGUUCACCAUUAAAUAUACGUCAAGACAAACGUGUCCAAUCAUCACAGAGUGACGAACCCUUGAACAUUAAGACGAAAGACAUCACUCCGACUAGAGGGGAUGUUGUGAUGGACCAUUUAUCUAGUUCCAAUAGUUUUGGCUCAAACGUCACUCUGGUGGGAAAUAGAAUAGACGUGUCUAAUGUCUGUGAGGCCCGACAGGUUGAUGGGUUUGACGUGGUGGCGUAUAAAAUGGAUGGCAUUAAAAACGACAGACAUCUCCGCGGAGACUGGCUCAUUUACUGGGAACACGAGAUCGGUCGCGCUGACAAGGACACCAGAUUCAAUCUCAAACAAAUAAAACUCCAGACGUUUGUGGGUCACACGCAUUCAGUCAAAUCAAUACACUGUCUUGACAACGAGAACAGCUUUAUGAGUGGCUCCAAGGAUAAGACUGUGAGGCUGUGGUCCUUGAGGAAUCAGGGUGAGGGGAACGCCACUACUCAGUGUAUCUGGACGUACACAGGUCACAAGAAGGGCGUGUUAUCACUCACUUUCCUUGAAUCACUAAGACUAGCUGUGUCCACUGACUCCGUCGUACAUUUAUGGGAUCCUUUCAUGGAAACCGUUGUAUCACAGUUGGAUAACAUCAAGUCUCCAGUGAGUAUAGUCCGCACGCUCCCGGGACCCUCGUGUUCAGUGUUGGCGGCCACCACGGACGCCACGCUUAGAGUCAUCGACGCACGCGCACCCAACCACUCAUACGACUUGAAGGUGCUAGGCGGAGGCACUUCCUUCAUUCGUUGUAUGUGCGUGAGUCCCGACGGCGCCUGGGCAUGUGUGGGUUUGGCCAGUGGUUACGCGGCGGUUAUAGACACGCGCACAGGCACGCACAGGGCGACUUGGCGGGCUCACGAUGGAGAGGUUCUUCGCCUGGCCGCUGUAGAUGACCACCGUGUGCUGAGCUCAGGCUUAGAUCAAGUCACAGCGCUAUGGAGCGCUGACGACGGUGAACUAAUAGCACAUCUCAAAGGCAGCACGGAGCCGGUGCACUGUAUAUCUGUGUACUACAACGAGCUUAUAUCAGGAACUACCAACAAUAGGAUCGGUGUGCACACAUCUUUAGGGCAGGACGCCUCAUUCUCAAGCACUAAACUAAGAUCAGAUACAUUCAAGGGUAUCAUGACGUGUAUGUCUGUGUUACCUCUUAAUAGAUUACUUUUACUCGGCAGCGAUAACGGUACAAUUAGCUUAUUAUGUUGA